AACAAAAUGCUUGUCGUAAGUCUGGUUCCUUGACGUCCCCUUUGUGCCAUCGUUCAUUCUCCACCGUCCCGCCCUUUUUUUUUCGUCCAAUGGCUUCCUUGCUGCGAACGUCGAUCCGGCAAGUACGAUCCUCAGGGAUACUGUUACGAUCUUUUAGCACGACACAGCACGCUUCGUCGUCGCAUGGUCUUUUGCGAUUGAAGGAAUACUAUAACAAUGUGCUUGCCGAAGAUUUGAUGGUCCUCGGUUACGACCAUGCCCGUGUUUCUCCUUGCACAUCCAAGUAUCCUGAUAUUCAGGCUCAAAUUGAUAAAGCUUUGGCAGCCACUGAAGCUUCGGAAACACCUCGAUCCAAGGAAGCCGCUCCAGCUGUCACCCGUACUCGCAAAGGUGGCAAACCUGUCAAACCUAUCCAACCUCCCAAAUCGCCUAGCACUAUCCCACGUCUCGAUAAGAUUACAUUGCAUACCAUGGUCAAGGAUGCUAUCGGUAACAAGGGCAACCUACUCUCUGCAUUCAUGGCACUUCAGAGUAUCACAGCCACUCGCCCUGAAGUAGUGUACGCCAAAACCUCGGUCGCCAACUGGAAAUUACGUGAGGGCAUGCCUAUUGGUGUCAAGGUGACACUUCGUGGAGAAGAGAUGUAUCAGUUUAUGGAUAAAUUGGUGGAAAUUGUGUUGCCACGUUUGAGAGAAUGGCCUGGUUUGCCCAUUACCUCUGGCGAUGGUAAUGGCAACAUUGCUAUUGGUUUCCCUCCUUCCGCACUUGCUCUUUUCCCUGAAAUCGAAGGCUCUUUUGACGUUUACCCCAAGAUGACCGGUUUUGAUGUCGUCUUCAACACCACCGCCUACACCAACACGGACGGCCGUCUUUUACUUUCUGGAUUUUCCGUACCAUUUUCAAGCAAAAAAUAGACUCAUAUCAUGUAUAAAAUUGUUUUAGAGAAGAAAAAAAAACCUUCUAAAUCGGACUGUAUAGCAUAGGAAACAGUAAUAAAUCGCUUCAUAGCAUCAUUCAUCAUGCCUCUUGUAUUUUAGUUUGGCAGAUUGACUACAUGCUUGGAACAUGAGCCUGAUUGAAAAGAAACAUUUACUUGUCCAUGCACCUAGUAUAUAAGUCUUGAUCCCUUCCAUUGAAAGUCUGCACAGUGAACGAUGAAC